AUGGCUGUUGUUCCACACUUGUUGCUGCUGCUCUGUGGUCUACACGUCGUUUCUCUGGUGGCUGACUCACAGCUGAUGGACCAGAAGGACGGUUCCCCGGAGGUGAUCCACUACAAGGACCCCUGUGAAGCCGUUGCCUUUCUGGGGGACAUGGCCCUUGGAGAGGAUGACCUGCUGAUGUUCCAGGCCUCUGACGUCCUACAGCCAACACUGACCCUCACUCGCAGCCCGACAGACAUAGGGGGCCGGGCGGUGCCCACCAGGGGUAGGAGAGCUGCAGGCAGGGAGGUACUGGCCCGUCGGAGGAGAGCCAGCACCUCCAGGCCCGAGAGGAUCUGGCCGGAUGCCAUCAUCCCCUAUGUCAUCAGCGGGAACUUCAGCGGCAGCCAGCGAGCCAUAUUCCGACAGGCCAUGCGACACUGGGAGAGGCACACGUGCGUGACGUUCAUCGAGAGGUCUGGCGAGGAGAGCUACAUCGUGUUCACCUACCGACCCUGUGGGUGUUGCUCCUACGUGGGGAAGAGAGGAGGAGGACCUCAGGGUGUCUCCAUAGGCAAGAACUGCGACAAGCUGGGCAUCGUUGUCCACGAGCUGGGUCACGUGAUCGGCUUCUGGCACGAGCACACCCGGCCUGACCGCGACGACCACGUCAGCAUCGUCAGGGACAACAUCCAAUCGGGACAGGAGUACAACUUCCUGAAGAUGGAGCCGGCCGAGGUGGACUCCCUGGGAGAGGAGUACGACUUUGACAGCAUCAUGCAUUACGCCCGGAACACCUUCUCCAGGGGUGUGUUCUUAGACACCAUCGUUCCUCGGGAUGAUGUCAGUGGAGCGAGGCCUCCCAUUGGCCAGCGGACCAGACUCAGCCAGGGGGACAUCGCUCAAGCUCGCAAGCUUUAUAAAUGCACCUUGUGUGGAGAUAGUCUGCAGGACAGCUCUGGGAACCUCUCCUCUCCUGGGUUCCCCAACGGCUACGCGCCCUACUCCAACUGUGUGUGGAGGAUCUCCGUCACACCCGGGGAGAAGAUCGUUCUGAACUUCACGGCCAUGGACCUCUUCAGAAGCCCCCUGUGCCGGUACGACUACGUUGAGGUCCGGGACGGCUUCUGGAAGAAAGCCCCCCUCAAAGGCCGUUUCUGUGGAGACACGCUUCCAGAAACCAUCGUCUCUACAGACAGUCGUCUGUGGAUCGAGUUCAGAAGCAGCAGCGACUGGCUGGGAAAAGGCUUCUCAGCGGUCUACAAAGCUAUUUGUGGAGGAGAGGUGAGGAAAGACACAGGAAGGAUCCAGUCCCCAAACUAUCCAGAUGACUAUUUGUCCAACAAAGAAUGUGUGUGGAUCAUCACCGUAGCCAAAGACUUCCGUGUGGGCCUCUCCUUCCGGUCAUUUGAGAUUGAGAACCACGACAGCUGUUCCUACGACUACCUGGAUGUGAGGGAUGGAGGUUCCGCCAGCAGCCCCCUGCUGGGUCGCUUUUGUGGCCAUGACAAGAAGCCUGCCGACCUCCAGAGCAGCUCCAACCAGCUCUGGAUCACGUUCGUGUCCGACGGCUCCGUCAACAACGCUGGCUUUUCCGCCACCUUUUUCAAAGAGACGGACGAGUGUUCUGCACCAGGCAGGGGCGGCUGUGAGCAGCGCUGUCUGAACACGCUGGGCAGCUACACGUGCGCUUGUGACCCCGGGUACGAGCUGCUGUCCGACGGGCGCCGCUGUGAGACGGCUUGCGGUGGGUUCAUCACAGAGCUGAACGGUUCCCUGAGCACCCCUGGCUGGCCCAGAGAGUACCCGCCCAACAAGAACUGUGUCUGGCAGCUGGUGGCUCCGGCCCAGUACUGCAUCACGCUCGUCUUCGAUGCAUUCGAGACCGAAGGCAACCAUGUCUGUAAGUACGACUACGUGGAGGUGAGCAGUGGCCGGGGCCCGGCCGACUCCAGGCUCCACGGGAGGUACUGUGGGUCGGACACGCCGGAGAGGAUCACCUCCACGCUCAACAACCUGAGGGUGGAGUUCAGGUCCGACAACACCGUGGCCAAGGCCGGCUUCCAGGCCCGCUUCUUCUCUGAUAAAGAUGAGUGCUCCCAUGAGAACGGGGGCUGCCAGCAUGAGUGCGUCAACACCUUCGGGAGCUACACCUGUCGCUGCCGCAGAGGAUUUGUGUUGCACGGGAAUAAGCACGACUGCAAGGCAGCGGGGUGCGACCAGAUGGUGACCGCUUUGACGGGCACCCUCAGCAGCCCCAACUGGCCGGACACCUACCCCAGCCAGAAGGCCUGCACCUGGUCUCUAGCCACCCUACCGGGCCACAGGAUUAAAAUAGCUUUUAAUGAGCUUGACAUGGAGGCUCACCUGGAGUGCGUCUACGAUCAUCUCCAAAUCCACGACGGAGAAGACGCCCGUGCGCCCAGUUUAGGACGUUUCUGCGGCGCCAAGAAGCCCCCCCCUCUCAUCUCAAGCGGCAACCAGAUGUUCCUGCACUUUUACUCUGAUAACUCAGUCCAGAAGAGGGGCUUUGAGCUCUCCCAUAGCACAGAGUGCGGCGGGGCCCUCAGAGCCGAGGUCCAGGCCAGAGACCUGUACUCCCACGCACAGUUCGGCGACAACUACCCGCCCGGCGUCGACUGCCACUGGGUGGUGUGGGCGGAGAAGGGCUACGGGGUGGAGGUAGAGUUCCUCCUCUUCGAGACGGAGGAGGAGACGGACUGCGGCUACGACUACGUCGAGCUCUACGACGGCGCUGACCUCAAUUCCCCGAGGCUCGGCCGGUACUGCGGUAACGGGCCGCCAGAAGAAGUGUAUUCGGCGGGCGACACGAUCGUCUUGCUCUUCCGUUCAGACGACAGUGUCAACAAGAAGGGCUUCCACCUGCGCUACAGCAGCACCAAGUUCCAGGACAUGUUACAUGACAGCCAGUGACUGCAGAACCAAAGGGGGCGACACGACUCCUGACAAACAGGGAUGUCAAGCGAAUGCAUGAGAGCAACGCCACGCGUGUGUAGAGGUUUAAACCAUUGUUUGGCCAUGGAAGACUGGAUUUGAGACUGAACUCAAACCCACUCCUUACGAGUUGAUCGAUGCGUGACAGAGUUGUGUGUG